AUGACAAAUGCAAUGAGUGCUCUUGCAGCGCUCGCUCUAACAGCGGCCGGGGCAGCGGCAGUGGCUGCAUCUGCGGCCGGCGGCAGGAGCAACCACAGCAGUCCCUUCCUGACCAACAGCAACGCCAGCCACAGCACCGCCAGCGCCGCCGCCGGGUCCAUCAGCAGCAGCAUCGGCAUGGCCAUCAGCAACAGUAGCAGCAUCAGCGGCAGCGGAAUCAGUCGGAAUGGCACGCUGCUGGAGGCCGAUCACCUGCCGCUGCAGUUGACAACCGCCAAGGUGGACAUGGACUUUGAAAUCGACAUACAACUGCUGACCAAUGGCUAUGAUGGCACAACGCUGACAUCGUUCUACAAUGAGAGCAGCUGGACAAAUGCCUCCGAAAUGGAUACAAUAGUUGGUGAGGAACCGGAGCCGCUGUCCCUUGUGUCAAUUGUUGUUGUUGGCAUCUUCCUAUCGGUGCUGAUAUUCCUAUCCGUGGCCGGGAAUAUUCUCGUCUGUCUGGCCAUCUACACGGAGCGCAGCCUGCGACGCAUCGGCAACCUGUUCCUGGCCUCAUUAGCGAUUGCGGAUCUGUUUGUGGCCUCCCUGGUGAUGACAUUCGCAGGCGUCAACGAUUUGCUGGGAUAUUGGAUCUUUGGAGCGCAAUUUUGUGACACUUGGGUGGCCUUUGAUGUCAUGUGCUCGACGGCGUCAAUUCUGAAUCUGUGCGCAAUAUCAAUGGACCGCUACAUUCACAUCAAGGAUCCGCUCAGAUAUGGCCGCUGGGUGACACGACGCGUGGCUGUUAUUACCAUUGCCGCCAUUUGGCUGUUGGCCGCAUUCGUCUCGUUUGUGCCAAUCUCCCUGGGCAUCCAUCGGCCCGACCAGCCGAUGAUAUUCGAGGAUAAUGGCAAGAAGUAUCCGACAUGCGCCCUGGAUCUCACGCCCACAUAUGCCGUCGUCUCCAGCUGUAUCAGUUUCUACUUGCCCUGUGUGGUCAUGAUUGGCAUCUACUGUCGUUUGUAUUGCUAUGCUCAGAAGCAUGUCAAGUCCAUCAAGGCAGUGACCCGACCCGGCGAGGUGGCCGAGAAGCAGCGCUACAAGAGCAUUCGUCGCCCCAAGAUGACGCCCAAGAAGUUCAAGGUGCGCAAUCUGCACCACAGCUCGCCGUACCACGUCUCGGACCACAAGGCGGCGGUGACUGUGGGCGUGAUUAUGGGCGUGUUCCUCAUCUGCUGGGUGCCCUUCUUCUGUGUGAAUAUUACGGCGGCAUUCUGCAAGACCUGCAUCGGCGGACAGACCUUCAAGAUCCUCACAUGGCUGGGCUACUCGAAUUCUGCGUUCAAUCCAAUCAUCUACUCGAUCUUCAACAAGGAAUUCCGGGACGCCUUCAAGCGCAUCCUGACCAUGCGCAAUCCCUGGUGCUGUGCCCAGGACGUGGGCAACAUUCAUCCGCGGAACAGCGACCGCUUCAUCACCGACUAUGCUGCCAAGAAUGUGGUCGUGAUGAACUCGGGCCGCUCCAGUGCCGAGCUCGAGCAGGUCUCUGCGAUUUGACCAAAAGGCGGCUACACCGGAGCCAACUGGCUGCCGUGCUGCUACGGCUGCGGCUGUGGCGGCCUCCGGGUAGACGAUGACGACGACGGAGCACUCACCUCGCGCUAUGUUCCAUGAGAUUCGGUCACGGCGCCAACGGCCACCAUUGUGGAGACCGUCGAGGCCGCCCAAAUGGAAACGGAGUUGCUCUAAAGCCACAAAACACUGGGUUCCUACUCGCCACCAACUGGAUCUCUUACACGAAACCAAAGCAAUCCCGAGUCCCUCCUUCCUACCAACAUUAGUAACAGACCCCACAACAACCCUAAAAAAAUCGAAAGCAAAAUGGAAACCUGUAAGUAUUAUCAGCGCGUCGCAGAGACAAAGCAAUAAACUAUGCGUAUACUUAAUCGUAUCUAGCAUUAAGGCCCCAUCCCUAUUAGAGUCCUAUACAACCACAAACGACGCCCAAGACGUGAUUAGGUCUAAGAUCUUACCCCGCACUCCUCACUCCAAAGAGCUUUCUGUCCAAGUUCCUGUUUGGUUAUUCAUGGCAGUUUUUGCAAUCGUUUGGGAUCCAUGCAAAUGCGAUUAUUAUAGAGUGACACAUGUCACUUACCACACUCACACCAACACUCACACCAACACACAAAUACACAUUUACAUUGGCUGUCACAACAGUGUCCUGUAGGAGCAAGAGAAAAGAACGCUGCACACAUCGCGGCGCCCUCAUGUUGGACGAGGCGGCAAAAGCUUUACAUUUGAUUUAUUGAUGAGAAUUUAUGGCCAUUGAACGGGCGUAGCUGCCAACUGCAGUCGUAAAUCAUCCAAAAUGAUUAUUGUUAUGGCUAAACCAAAUGGCAUUACCACUCCAACCCCAUCGCUAUUCCUGCGUUGCUUUGUUGUAAAAAUAUACAUCCCCGCGUGAGUAUGCAAUGUUUAGUUGGCCUCAACUUUUUUAUCGGACACCCCCACUGAAAAGUUUCCAGACUCAUUUGAAUUUAUGCGGGUAAGAAUCUGUAUGGCUCCGCUCUGCUCAACAAUAUUAAUUAAGCCAACUGUGAUUGACACUCGCAAAGGAGGAACAAAAGGUAGCUGCUCUCCAGCUACCCUUACAGGUAUAGGGUGAACCGCCAAGCGGCUGUUUAUUCUGAUCAAUCGCAAGACCCUCGCCGGGUAGUGUACAUUACUCGUGGCAAUCUCAGUCGAAAGGUUAACCGUGAAGCAUUUGGGAGCUUCAGCUCUGAUUACCGAAUGAUUUAAUGAGCCGCACCUGCAAACAGGCAACAGAUACAGCCGUGAAU